AUAUUGUGUAAACCGACUCAUAGAGCAGAAAUAGGGAUGUUAUUUCGAGAGACUGUACUUGGUAGUACUCGACAAGGUUGGUUGCUCAGUGUUGCUCUGACGACAUGACGCGUUAUGUAUGUGCUGCGCAAUCAAGUUGCCAAGAUAACCAAGGCAGAUGAAAUGCCGCACUUCCGGCAUUACAUGAUCCGUAUAUUGAUUUAGACGCCCAACAAACCUAUAGCCGGGUCUUCGUUUUCUUUACUGUAACACGGACAAGGUGUCUGAGAUUCAGAAUGAAUCGAAUCCAACGCCUUCAACGACGUUUAUUCUCCAGCUCACCGAGCGCAGCGCUGAACAGAAGAACAGUUCCACGCGCGGUAGACAACUGUGAUGUGUUGAUUGUAGGAGCUGGGCCUGCGGGGUUGGCUGCAGCGAUACGGUUGAAGCAGCUUGAGCGUGAAGCUGGGUCGUCACAAUCUCUCCGUGUAGUAGUACUCGAAAAAGGCAGCGAAGUCGGUGCCCACAUCGUCUCCGGCUGUGUCCUCGAACCACGAGCUCUCCAUGAUUUAUUAGGUCCCGACCCGUCUCAAUACGAACAGAUCUACAACUGCGGUCAACCCCCGCUCGGUGUCAAAGCAGGACAAAGCCACAUGCUCUGGUUAACCGAAAAAUCCAAAUAUCCCAUCCCCCACCCCCCGCAGAUGAACAAUCAAGGGAAUUUCGUUAUUUCGCUGAGUGCGUUGACGAGGUGGCUAGGGAGAGUCGCGGAAGAGUAUUAUGGGGUGGAGAUUUAUCCGGGGUUCGCGGGUGCGGGUGUGGUGUUUAGUGAUGAGGGGUAUCAGAGUCCGUGGGUUGGGUGGGAGGGGAGGUGGGAUAGAGAGGUGACGAGGAUUGGAAUACCGAAAUCACCACAAUCAUCGCCGCCGCCGCCGCCCCGUGCACCAGCAGUGCUCGGAAUCCUAACCAACGACGUCGGGAUCCCAAAACACCCUUCAUCCACUACAACCUACGAACCCGGAAUGUUCUUCCGUGCCCGCACCACCCUCUUCGCCGAAGGCGCCCACGGGUCCCUCACCAAAACCCUCAUCACCAAAUACCGCCUCCGCAACGAAAGCGAUCCCCAAACCUACGGCUUCGGCCUCAAAGAAAUCUGGCGACUCCCCGACUCCCACCCCCUAUACACCCCCGGGUCCAUAACCCACACUCUCGGUUUCCCACUAGAUCUAAACACCUACGGCGGGGGGUGGGUAUACCACAUGGAUGCCAACCUCCUGUCUAUCGGUCUCGUCGUGGGCGCGGACUGGGAAAACCCGUAUCGGAGCCCGUAUAGGGAUUUUCAAAUGAUGAAGCAUCAUCCGUAUAUCCGUCGUUUGUUAUCCCCCGCAACGCGAAUCGCAUACGCCGCACGUGUACUAACGGAAGGCGGUCUCCAAUCGCUCCCCCUUCUGCACUUCCCGGGUGGCGCACUCAUCGGGGACGCCGCCGGCACCGUCAACGUCGCGAAGAUCAAAGGCGUGCACACCGCAAUGGGGAUGGGGAUCCUCGCUGCCCAGGGUGUUUGGGAUGGGUGUCAACAACAGGCUAACGAAAACGACCCCAUAGAUACAUCCCCCUACACCACCUCCUUCCUCUCCUCAUGGAUCCACACCGAGCUGCACGAAACCCGAAACCUACGCCCCUCCUUCUCCUCCUCGUCGGUGCUCUCGAAACGCGGUCUCGGUGUCCUCGGGGGUGUGUUGUACUCUGGCGUGGAUACGUUGUUGUUGAAAGGGAGAACACCGUGGACGUUUAGACAUACUAAGAACGAGGAAGAGAGGAGGGAGAGUUUGGAUGGAGGAAGGAGUUUAGACUCCCUAAGAACCGAUCCAUCCACCGCCCACACCCCUAUCCCCUACCCACCCUUCGACCCACCCCUGUCCACGGACCUCCUUACUUCACUCAUGUUGACCGGUACUUCCCACGAAGAAGACCAACCAGAACAUCUGAGGGUCCUCGGUCGACCAGGGGCUGCUGCUCUCUCCUCCUCCGACACCGAUUUUGGAGGUUUUGGAGGUGGUGAAUCUGUAUUGGAUGUUAGGAUCAGCGAGAUCCACGAAGAAGGGACCGCGGAAACCGAAUCGGAAACCGAAGACACGGAGACGGAAACCACGGAAGAUACACUGUUCAUCCCUAAAGUAACUUCCCCCCCCUCCCUCCGCCGAGCCCACACCAAAAUAAACAUCGGCGAGUACGCGGGGUUACUCGCUAGAGCGUGUCCCGCGGGUGUGUAUGAGUACGUCGAUGUCGAUGUCGAUGAUGAUAAUCACCACUCUACUACUGGACAGGAACCUCCGCACAGCCGUGAAGGUGAAGGCGGUGAAGGCGGUAGUGGUGAAGGCAGCAGCGGUGAAGGCAGCGGUAGUGGUGAAGGUGAAGUUAGUGAAGCCAAAGCCAGCGACGGCGAAUCCUGGAACGGCAAAAAACUCGUAAUCAACGCACAAAACUGCAUACACUGUAAACUCUGUGAUAUCAAAGUCCCGUCGCAGGAUAUAACGUGGACUGUCCCGGAGGGCGGGGGUGGGCCGAAGUGUCUCUUUCUACCGCAGCGGUUACUUAGUGGUUACAUAGUACCUUCUAAAGGUACUUCAUCGAUUUGGUUCCGAUGAUCCUUCAAUCUUUCGACAACCCAGUCGAAAUCGGGUCGGAAAUAGUGGUCGAUAAGUAUGUACAUCGUUUCAACAACGACGCCAUGGAGGGGACCGAUGAGGAAGGGGGUCGAUGAGGGGUCGGUGAGGGAGGGGGGUCAACGUUCAACCGAUUAUCGGUUGAUA